CUCCCCAGGCCUGUCCCGGGGUGCGUUCUGACCAAGAUUUCGAAGCGAAUCCAGCGGUGGCGACGAACGAGGGCCUCCCACGAGGCCCAAAAAGGCGAGGACGAGGGAGGGGUAGAGGUAUGGGUACCCUCCCCUUCUCUGAGGAUAGACUCCGUCACCCGAAAAGAUCCCGCUUCGAUACCGCACGCCACGGGCCCACCGGCGGGGCCCGCCGCCCGCUCGGCGGCGGACCGGCUUUUGCUGGCUGGCCCCGGCCGUGCUCCAGACCUCACCCUGCUUGUGCGGGCCGCGCUGGCUCUACCUCUACCACGCGCGCGCUGCCGGGCUGCAAAGCCGUUCGGCAAGGAGAACGAAGGAGCAAGGGGGAUCACCAGUGGAUUACCCGGUGGGGGCCCGCCGCCCGAUCGCGGCGGACCGGCGUUUGCUGACUGGCCCCGGCCGUGCCCCAAGCCUCACCCUGCUUGUGCGGGCCGCGCUGCCUCUACCACGCGCGCGCUGCUGGGCUGCAAAACAGGUCGGCAGGGAGAACGAAGGAGCAGUGGGGAUCACCAGUGGGCAAACGGGCAGGGGCUUGGCACCUGGAUACCGAAGCUCUGGCUGCCAAACAACGCUGGCGGGUGCAGCAGAAAUCGCCCUCGUGGCGUCGCGCGCCGAAACACCGGCCCAUUUGGACUGAAGCGGGUCCCCCAGCUGAUGCCGAUCCCGCCGAAAAGCAUGAGACAAAGGACGUGACGAGGAGGGGAGAGAGAGAGAGAGGAGGGAGAAUGCCAGGGGGGGACGGGAGAGAUGUGGGAGGAGGAUGAGGAGGAGGAGGCUCUGUUGCCUCGAGGGCUCACGCCCAGCCCCACAGAGAACGUUCUGGGGAGGAGGCCUCUGGCAAUCUUGAGCCACUCGUGCUUGGGAGCGGCUCUACGAUGCUCGUGGCGUGCCGGGGCCGUGGCGAUGCACGGAGGUUGCAGUGCGCUUCGGGAACACCUUGGGGACGUAUCGUGGAAACUCCCUGGGGGUUCCCCAGAGCCUCCCCGAGGUCUCUUGGUACUGCGCAAGCCGAAGAGCGCCAGCACCAACGCUUCGAACAUCGCGAUCCCGAAGCUGGCAAACAAAAAAGGCGCGAGAGCGGGGAAGACGGCAGAAGGACGGAGAGGAGGGUUGAGGAACGGGAAGGCGGAUGCCGCCGCGAGCGAGCAUCUAGUGCUGGAACCUGGCUCGCUGGUGGCCCUGCUCGUGCUCGAGCCGGCCAAAAAAAAAUGCUGGGCGGCGCCACGUACGAACAUCUUGCGCCGAAGUCAGCCGCAGAGAGGCUCGCCGGCGCCCUUGCCCAUGUCAGAAGCGGCCCAAAAAGUGUCCCGGAUCGCUCCUUGGAGAGCUGCAAAGGCCUUUCGAUUAGAAGCCGCUACGCCAGCUCCUGUCCAAGGCUCCCGGGCACUGCUUGGCUGUGCAGGGGGGGGGGCUCGGCCCUCCGUGCUCGAGUCGCAGGGCCGCAUCAGCACGGGACGUGCCCGACCUCGCCCGGGCUGCCGAGACCCGAUCGGCCCGUGGCAGGGCCGCGCCGUGCCGGCCACCCCUCGCGCCACGACCACGCCCGUGCUGCCCACCUCCUCGCUGCUCCUCCCCUCGAGGGGCAGCGGAAGAUGCAUCCCCCCCUGUGCAUGUCUCCCCCUAUCGCUGCUCCUGGCCACUUUCUCUGGGCACCUGCUGGCAGAGCGGUUCCCUCCUUCUCCUCGAGAGCGCAUGGCUUUUGCACAGCGGCACUUGGGGCAUGCCAAAAAAACUCAGCUAUGCACUACUGGCUCACGCGCCUCGACAUAUGACCGAGCUCUGAAUCUGGACCCGGCCCGUGGUGGCGAGGCCGGCGCAACUGGCGUGGCCUCUUUGAUCUCAGAGACAGUCCGAGACGAGGACUUGCCUUUCAGCUUCCGGCGCAAAGCCACCACCGCUGCCCCGAUCGCACCUCUCAAGGCCCCGGACCAGUCCAGGCCUGCCCCAAGCAAACUUGCACUUGCAGGAACACUGUCAGGGCCGCGCGAAGCAACCCGCUUCGCGGGCGUCCCCACCACGAACUCCGGGCCGCCCAACUCUGCGCCGACAGGGCGCGAAGCGAUUGGCUCCGCGGACGCCCCACCCACGCGCUGCAGGCCGUUCGAGCUCUCGGGAUGUGGUGUGCGGGCCCUCACGAUGCCAACCUUGCGAGAGUCCGUGGCACAUGACGUUGGAGAUUCACUCCGACCAGUGGCGCCGCGUCACCCACCAGUAUCGGGUCUUGGCGCCAGGAUUCAUCGAUCGCUGGCACUGCCAUCGGAGAGCAAAGCCUGCGGGAGAUAUUGCAGGAGCGGAGCGCGGGCGGGGUGGCGAGACAAGCCAAACAGUUAACUGAUGAAUUAGGCUUGCACCACAAUUGCU